AUGUAUAUCUCCUCCUCCCAGUACCUCGUGCUGGCCCUAUCGGCUCUGCCCACAGCCUAUGGCAAGUCGUUCUCGCACCAUGCCAAAGCCCCCAAAGGCUGGCAGGUCGAGGACAACCUGAGACUUGCCGGCGAAAAGCAGCAGGUCUUCAGCAUUGCUCUGACCAUGCAAAAUGUCGACCAGCUUGAGUCAAAGCUGCUUGAUCUUUCCAGCCCCGACAGCGCCAACUACGGCCAGUGGCUGUCCCACGAAGACCUCGUCUCGACCUUUUCGCCUUCCACACAGGCUGUGUCCAGUGUGACAAAGUGGCUCAAGUCCAACGGCGUCAAGAACUACAAGGUCAAUGGCGGCUUCAUCGACUUUGCCCUUGAUGUCAAGAAGGCCAACUCGCUGCUUGGAAGUGAUUACCAGUACUAUGUCAAGGAUGGCCAGACUAAGCUGCGAACUUUGUCUUAUUCCGUUCCUGAUGCCCUGGCUCAGCACAUUCAAUAUGUGGACCCAAGCACCAACUUCGGCGGCACCGUUGCGUUCAACCCUGUGCCUCGUCCAGAGCGUGCUACCGUCACCGAGCGCAAGGUGACACCCACCAAGAGCACCAUCGAUGCUUCAUGCCAAACAAGCAUCACCCCUGCAUGCCUCAAGCAGCUGUACAACAUCGGAGACUACACCCCCAAGGCCAAGUCCGGAAGCACCAUUGGAUUCAGCAGUUUCCUCGGCCAGUCUGCCCUCUACUCUGAUGUUGCCUUGUUCGAGGAGAAGUAUGGCAUUCCACCACAGAACUUCUCCAGUGUUCUGAUCAACAACGCCACUGAUGACCAGAACCCUGCCAACAAGAACUACGGUGAGGCUGAUCUCGAUGCCGAAAACAUCGUUGGAAUUGCCCACCCGCUUCCUUUUGUCCAGUACAUUACUGGUGGCUCGCCACCAUUCCUUCCCAACAUUGAUCAGCCUACUGCUGCUGAUAACCAGAACGAGCCUUAUGUUCCGUUCUUCCGCUAUCUUCUGUCCCAGAAGGACCUCCCUGCUGUUAUCUCCACUUCCUACGGUGACGAAGAAGACAGUGUCCCUCAAGAGUAUGCUACACUCACAUGCAACAUGAUCGGUCUUCUCGGCCUCCGCGGUAUCAGCGUCAUCUUUUCCUCCGGUGACAUCGGCGUCGGCGCGGGCUGCCUGGCCCCCGACUACAAGACCGUCGAGUUCAACGCCAUCUUCCCUGCUACAUGCCCUUACCUGACCUCCGUUGGUGGAACCGUCGAUGUGACCCCCGAGAUUGCCUGGGAUGGUUCCUCUGGUGGUUUCAGCAAGUACUUCCCCCGCCCUAGCUACCAGGAUAAGGCUGUCAAGAAGUACAUGAAGACUGUGUCCAAGGAUACCAAGAAGUACUACGGCCCUUACACAAACUGGGAGGGCCGAGGUUUCCCCGAUGUCGCUGGUCAUAGUGUUUCUCCCAACUACGAGGUCAUCUACGCUGGUAAGAAAGCCGGAAGUGGAGGAACAAGUGCCGCUGCUCCCGUGUGGGCUGCCAUUGUUGGUCUCCUGAACGACGCCCGUUUCCGAGCUGGCAAGAAGAGCCUGGGUUGGUUGAACCCUCUCAUCUACAAGCAUGGAUCCAAGGUCUUGACGGACAUCACUGGUGGUUUCAGCAUUGGAUGUGAUGGCAACAACACUCAGAGUGGCAAGCCUGAGCCUGCUGGAUCUGGAAUUGUGCCUGGUGCUCGGUGGAACGCUACUGUUGGCUGGGAUCCUGUCACUGGAUACGGAACACCCGACUUCGGAAAGUUGAAGGAUUUGGUGUUGAGCUUUUAG